AUGGCGUUUGGGAUACUAGAAUGCAAGAAAAUGGAGCUCGUGCCUGGAACGGCAUUUAUGAGCGACCAGGACGACCUGCCUCCUGAGUAUUCCAAUAUCCCUAGAGAGCUACUAAAACACGGAAGAGGCAGAUACAAGGACGUCAUCCUCGUGCCUCAGCCCUCGAACAGCCCAAACGAUCCACUAAACUGGCCGCAAUGGAAAAAAGAGUUGAUCCUGCUCAUAGUCGGACUCUCCGCAGCUGUUGUUGGUGCCUACGGCCCCAUGCUUUCUCCCGGCUUUGUACAAGUCUCGUCCGACCUCGGAAUUACAGUUGAGAUUCUCUCACAAGCUACGGCUUGGCUCAUCCUCACCAUCGGGUUAAGUCUCUUCAUCACAAACCCACUUGCAAAAAUCAUCGGGCGUCGGCCGGUGUACAUAAUCGCCAUAUGCAUCAUGUUCGCGACAUCUGUUUGGGGUGCGGCUGUCACCAACUACAGUUCAUUCUUGGCAAGUCGAAUAGUGGCGGGCAUUGGGAUGGCUCCGUAUGAGAUCUUGGUACAGUGCACCAUAGGUGAUUUAUAUUUUGUUCAUGAGCGUGCGACGAGAAUCGCAGCGUGGAACCUUUUCCUCCUCACUGGAAUCAGCGGCGGCGCCCUCAUCGCUGGGUAUAUCAUUGAGCUGGAUGGAUAUCGGUGGACUUUCGGGGUGUGCGCCAUCUUCUUCGGAAUCUUGAUGAUAGGUGUCAUUUUCUUCGUUCCAGAGACGGCUUAUCGCAGGGAGGCUGUGAUCACAGUCGUUGAGACCGAAGAGAAAGGAGUCCACUUAAAAAUGAGUCGCGAGCAUGAGGUUCGUCUUGAGCAUGAGGAGACCACCCCUCGCGCCGGGAACCAGGACGAUCCGAGAAAGCAUACAUAUGUUCAGUCUCUGCGGGUUUUCACUGGAAGAUACAGUGUUGCUCCGACGUGGAAAGUAUUCCUGCGGCCAGUAAUUAUGUGGUUCUACCCCGCAGUCCUUUGGGCUUUCUUGAUCUAUGGCAAGAACAACCACCAGGCUAUGAGCAUAUGGUGGCUGAUUCCUCCCCAAUUCCUCACAUGGGUCGUUGUCUUCUCUGUGGUGAACGGGGUCAUUUUCGUCUCUCCUCCAUACAACUUCACAGUCAGCCAAACCGGCCUCAUCAGUCUUUCUCCAUUUAUCCUGACCAUCCUGGGCGAGGUCAUAUCGGGACCGGCCAAUGACUGGAUUUGCAUCUAUCUCACCAAGAAAAACAAGGGCAUCUACGAGCCAGAGUUCCGCCUUCCACUUAUUGUGGUUGCAGUGAUCUUGGGAACGGUGGGCUUCUUCGGCUUUGGGGCCACGAUCCACUAUCAGACGCACUGGGCCGGCCCAGUCCUUUGCUUUGGCCUUGCCAAUAUGAGCCUGGUCUUUGCAGCUACCUGCGUGUUUGGAUACAUCAUCGAUGCGUACCGGAGCCAUAAUGAAGAGGCUUUUGUCGCAAUCAACUCACGAAACCUCUUGACAUUCGGACUCACGUACUUUGUGAACGACUGGCUGGCUGAGCAGGGGCCGCUGGUGGUGUUCUGUAUCCUGGGAGCCUUGUUUCUCUUCGUCUGCUCGCUGACUAUACCUCUUUGGAUAUACGGCAAGAGGAUUCGAAGCUUCAUCGGCCGCACGGAAUGGCUUCAAAAGUUCAUGAAUGACGGCUAG